AUGGCGCAGCCGCCGCCUUUCCCCGGCCGCUUCCCCCCGCCGCCGCCGCCGUUCCGGGCCUUCCCCCCGCCGGCGGGACCCUUCCCGCCGCCCUCCCUCCGGCGGCGGGAGGCCGAGGGGGAUGAGGCAGGCUGGGCCCAGGCCCAGGAGGAGGCUGAGGCGGCGCGGCGGGAGCUGCAGGAGAUCGUGCGGCCGCUGAGGGAGCCCGGUUACCGGGAGGCCUUGCGGAGGAAGGCUGAGAGGGCGAGGAAGAGGAGGCAGCGCCUGCAGCGGAGGAAGCAAGAAGCCAGGGCGGCCAAGGAGGAGGAGGCGGCCCGAGCCGCUGAGAGGGAGGCCAAGAUCGAUCAGUGGAGGGCCAAGUGCAUCCAGGAGGUGGAGGAGAAGAACCGGGAGCAAGAACUUAAGGCUGCUGCAGACAGUGUCUUGUCUGAAGUACGGAAGAAACAAGCAGACACAAAGAGGAUGGUGGACAUCCUGCGCGCGCUAGAAAAGCUUCGGAAACUGAGGAAAGAGGCAGCUGCCAGGAAAGGUGUUUGUCCCCCCCCCUCAGCAGACGAAGCGUUUGAAAGUCAGGUGGAGAGCCUCAAAACGCUGCUCAAAAACCGCACAGAGCUGUACGAAGCCGAGGAGAGAGCAUUAAGAGUAAUGUUGGAGGGAGAACAGGAGGAGGAAAGGAAGAGAGAAAUGGAAAAGAAACAGAAGAAGGAAAGGGAAAAACUACUACAGCAGAAACUCGAAAUUGACUCCAAGCUGUUUGGGGAUCCAGAUGAAUUUCCUCUGGCCCAUCUAUUGCAGCCCUUCAGAGAGUAUUACUUACAGGCUGAGCAUUCUGUAGCAGCUCUGAUCCAGAUCAGGCACGAAUGGGAUCAGUACUUGGUGCCAGCUGAUCACCCCGACGGAAGCUGCAUCCCUCCAGGAUGGGUUCUUCCCAGUCUCCCCACUAACGACACUUGGGCCACGGCUGUCAGAUAAUUUACUAAUAAGUUAUUUUAACAUCAGAGGAACAUUUCAUUACAGUUACGUGUGUAAAUACGAGAGGGUUUGAAGAGGAAAUCUCAUCCUCUACGUUUCGGUAGCCAGACAGUGGAAUGUCUUGAAGAAAAGUGUAAGAAAUGUUUGUGCCAUCUGACUCUGGGGGGAAUUAUCUGAGCGAGCCCGAAGCUGCUCGGCCUCUCGCGGGACGGAAUUACAAUCCCGCUGCGAGUUUUUGUUAACAAAUCUCUCAACCUUACUGAAGAAAUGUUACUGACAAGGCUAUUUGUGCCAGUAUUAACAUCCUAUUUUUAGUGGCUUUUAUCUUUAUAAACCUAAAUCCAGAUGAUGAAAUUUCCAGAAAUAAAAAAAAAAAAGAGAGAUCAUUAGUAAACAUGUUUUUCUUCUUAAAUGAAGCAUGUCAAGCAUCGCUGUCAAAAUAGUUCCUGUAUUUUUGUGUGUAGAAACGAACCUAUUACAAGUUUAAACAAAUUCUGAAGUACAAACAAGACAGGGUUUUUCAAGGUUGACUAAAGCAGCUGUUGACAUUCUGCUUUUGUGGACUAAAACUGGUACCGCAACAUGGAAAAAAUUCCCAGUUGUGGUGAAAUAGGUCAGACAGCCAUGUGAAUACAUAUAAAUUUGAUGAAUAAGCCUGCUGGAAAAAAACAAUAACAUCUGAAGUCUAACCUACUGUAACUGGUUUUGCUUGUAUAGCUAUUUUUGUAUAGGGAUGGUUCAUGUAUAUAAUAUUUGAUUAAAAAACACAGUUCUAUUUUGUAAGGGGGUUUUUUUGGUACAGAAUAAACGGAGAAAAAUGGA